UUUGCAAUAUUUUAUUGGUUUCCCUUGAAAUAUAUGUUAUUAAACGAUAUAGUAUAUAAUCCGUUGAAGAAUGUAGAGACCAAAGGCAGAUCUCGCCGCUAUAACCGGUCUAUGAUAGAACGGUUGCCGCGGUGACGGAUUAACCAGAGUAGCCUUCAAUAUCACCAUCAUCAAUGGCAAUUACGUCUAUAAAGAUUUUUUUUGAAGAACAGUAAAACGGGAAAUUCAAUGACUGUACCAGCCAAAUAUACCGGCAAAGGAAAAGAAACCAAAUAGGCCUAGGCUGUAUCGAAUUAGGACGCAACACGGAACUGAAACUGAACAGAACAGAAGCGAAUUUGCCUUGACUCUAAAAAUGAACUGAGCACAAUUUAGAAAGGAAUUAAUAGAAUCCGUGGCAGUUGCGUGGUGUUUGGGUGUCGUCAUGUAUCAUUUCUCAAGAAGGAUAUGUUUCUGCUGGGAUCACAUUUAUUUAUGGACAUGAGACGGUGUAGCCUAUAGGCUACUACUCAUUUAGCAACUGAUUAGGUACGAAAUUUAGUUAAUUAUAAUUUUGGCCUGUACAAUUUAUGGUAAAUACCUCAUUAGUUUAUAGCCUAUUAAUGUUUACGUUUUCCACAUUAACAUUGGCAAUGUUCCCUUAUGUAAGAUAAUAAUAAUUUAAUCGAACUAUCCGCAAAUGCAGGUAAUUUGUUCGGACUGGGUGCUUAUUAUUAUGGUAUAGCUAUUAUGUAGCCUAUAAUGUAAAGGUUCAGAGCAUUCGGUUUUUCACAUUGAGAAAACAUAUCUUUAUUAAAAAACUAUUGUCUUGUCUCAGAUUUCAUCCCACUCGAAGGCAGAUGCACGAGGCAGGACAAAACAGCCACCUAGGAGAAGAAAUUCGAAUCUAUAAAUUCUUCAGCCUGUUUAAUUACGUCGAUGACAGGCAGUGAAAGCUGUUUUAGUGAAAUACAAUAGAAAAACAGAGGACGCAUCUGCACGGAUAACCUGACAGAACGGAAAAGCCUGAGGGAAGUGGUGGUCCUUUUAAAACCCCGUUAUGCAGAGACGAGACAAAAAGGCAGUUAUGCGAUGAACUCAGAAGGUGAGACAGAAAUCAAUUCAUACAAAUUACGUACACAUGACAAGAGUGAAGACGCUGGAUCAUGACAUUGAGUUAAUGCAACGUUUGCAUAUCAUUUUUUAUCCCAGUUGCAUUUGGCAUUAAGCCUCGUAAGAUGAUUUUUAAAUCAUUAAUAACUAGCAAACAGGUGUCUACGGAUUAAUCGAAUAUCCAAAUCACAAAAAGGUGAAGAGGACGACGUUAAGAAGCAUUCCAGCACCCUGCUAAGGAUAAUGGAAGUAGAUCGGGACAUGUACCGGCAAUUUCAGGACUGGUGUCUCAGGACAUAUGGGGAUUCAGGGAAGACAAAGACCGUGACUCGUAAAAAAUACGAAAGAAUUGUCCAGCUCCUGAACGGGUCUGAGUCCAACUCAUCAGACAAUGCAAAGUUCAAAUUUUGGGUAAAAUCUAAAGGAUUUCAGCUUGGCGUUCCAGAUGAUAACAGCGAAGAAAAACAAGUGCUCUACGUUCCAGUGAAAACAACGGAUGGUGUAGGGAUGGAUGAAAAAGUGUCCUUGAGACAAGUUGCUGUGGUGGAGGAUUUCUUUGACAUCAUUUACUCCAUGCAUGUUGAGCGCGGAACCAAUGGGGAGAAAAUACGGAAACACGCAGGGCAGAAAAGAACAUACAAAGCGAUUUCAGAGACCUAUGCAUUUCUACCACGAGAAGCAGUUACAAGGUUUUUGAUGAGCUGUUCUGAAUGCCAGAAGAGAAUGCAUUUGAGCCAAGAAGGUGGAGAACAUAAAGAAAAUGGAAAGCAACCUACUUUAGUCACCAGCAUAAUUGACUACAACAUGCCAAUUACCAUGGCCUACAUGAAGCACAUGAAGCUGCAGCUGUUGAAUUCCCAUAAUGAUGAGGACAGCUCUGUAGAUAGCCAUGAAUUUGACAUGAGUGACUCUACAAGGAUGUCAGCGAUGAACUCUGACCUGGGCUCCAAUGGGGAGGACAGGAUGAACAGUCCACAGACUCGGCAGUUGCAUAAGGAUGAUGACUCCAUAGUUGACACAAUCACUGGCAGUGAAAGCAUGACUUGCAUCCCAGCAAUGGAAAAAGCAGACCACUGUCAGGAACAUCCUAACAACAACUGCAGACCAGCGAUGGACCAGCACAAGCAGCCUUUGAGUCACCAUGACUGCCCCUUAGUGGCCACAUGCUAUACAGAUGGCCAUAUUGCCAAUGGAAGCAGCAAAUUUAAGGUUAUUUCUGUCGAUGGCCAGGAGAAUAAGACAACAGAAAAUGGUAGUAAGUCUCCCACACACAGCCACUCUAGCUGUGACUUUGAAAAGUACGAGAAUGGAGGAGAGCUGGCACCAUCUCUCAACCAAAGAGUAGAUGAUGAUGACUGUGAAGACCAUGGCAACCAAGAUGACUGUGAUAAAUCCAAGGAGGCUGAGGGCCUGCAGGCAGAACAGCUUAAGAUCUUCAAUCUACAGCCAGUUCCUUCACAUCCAUCAUCUGUGGCUGCAGAAAACAUCCUGGUCACUGCUUGUGAGAGUGAAAGCAAGAAGAUGCGACUCCAGGGACCACAGGAUGAAGAGUUUUCUAAUGAAAAACACAGUACAGAAGAAAAAGCCCCAGCUGAUACCACUACACAGGAGGUGCUGUAUAUCAAUGGUAAUGGAACCUACUGUUGCCAUAAUUACAGCGGGUUAGGGGGAGGACCAAUGAACCUCACUGAAGCUGCUUGCAGUGGGCCCACAGAUCUCAGCAUGAAGAAACAACUGACACCCAGCCCUGGCUCAUCCAGCAAUGGCAGCCUUCAACCCCAGCUCAACUCCACUGAAAUGAACACGGUCAGGCAGCUCAUAGCUGGCUACCGGGAAUCUGCAGCCUUCCUGCUCCGCUCAGCCGACGAACUUGAGAGUCUCAUAUUACAGCAAAACUGAUGACUUUGGAAAAGAGGAAUGACCUUCCGCAUUUUCUGUUAGUGUCACUCGGUGCUUGAUUAUCUUGUCACUGUUUUUGCAUAGUUUAAUUUGUCUACCAUAGCUAGCUGCUGGUUGGAAAAAAGAGUGUCUUGCCAUGGGCUGUUUUGAACCGUUCAAACACAUGGCAAUCCAUCAGGUAGGGUUAACAUGUUUGACCAUGAUGCACUUCAAAAAGGUAUGGUAUGCAUGUGCAAUAUUUCUGAAGGGUGCUUUUGCGUUUUUUUCAUUAUGCCCUGAUUUGCUAACCUUUUCCAAUUGUUUGUGGUGCAAUACUGGUGUAACAAUAUUUUCUAUUGAUUUAUUUAAUUAAAAAUUUUUUUUUUUUUUUUUUUUUUUAAGGAAAUUACAGAUUUACUGUCAGGGGGACCAUUAACUAUGUUGGAUAUUUUUGUAAAAUUUGUUUUACAAAGGAAAUUGCAAGGAGAAAUUAACACUAUUUAAUACAAAUACAAUCAUGUAUUAACUACAGAGAACUAUACUGAUUUGUUUAUUUUUAGUCCCAUCUAAUUUAAUCUUUUGGAAAGAAAGGUGCAGAGAGAUUUGGAAAUUUAAAAAAUUAACAAUAAUAACACAGUAACCCAAACACUUACCAAGUGUUUCGAUCUGAGAUGCAUUCUAUGUCUAUUAAAAACUUAACUACAUACUUAUUGAUGUAGACUGAAACGAUCAAAGGGGAGAUUUACAUACCAAGGAACUUAAAAUAUUUGAAAUUACAAGUGUUCGAAUCAACAAAAAUAACAAUUUAUUAGGUCAGCUGAUAACUGCAAUCGGUUUCUCAGUUGCUGAACAAAUGUAACUAAUUGCAUUCCCAGAUUACUUUUGUAAAGUUAACAAGCAUGACUACUUUUGGAAACUGCCUGUUGACAUUUUUUCCCGAAGCAGUAGUAAAGAAAACACUUUGAAGCACAAAAACCUGAAACUGGAAGAGGGGUUCCAGUCCCCUAUUUUCAUCUUCGGAACAGCUGCUGCUGAAUUUAGACAUAUCAUAUUUAUAGCUAUGUAUGUGUAUAUUUGUGAAUGCAUGUGUGCACGUGUGCUGUAUUAAGCUGCAUCUGUGGGCUUAUUGAGAUGAGCUCAUUUAUGUGCAAUCUAGGAUGAACCACUCUUUUCAAUCACACAGGUGCAAAUAUUAGAUCAAAAAGGGGUAAUUAAGAGUUCUUAAAAAGCACUUAUGUUCUUCAAGUCAGACUUGGGUCCUGUAUCUAUUUGACUACCAAUCCAUCCUUAAGGCUACAUUCCUUACAGUGAAGGUUUUAUAUAUAGAUAUGGGUGUAUCCUUAAAGACCCUGUGUAAUCAAAAUCAAUAUAUUUUUUUAAAUACAACUU